AAAAGACGCGGUGUGAUCAUCUAUGUUCCAGAAAGUCUACAAGCGUACAUUGAACUGGUCGAGAAAGACGGAAAGCGAUUUCGAAUAGUUUAGUUACGAAUCCAGUGUACAGUUAACUUUUCCAUCAGUCUUUGGCCGUGGAUGUCGUCCAGCCUCGGGAUAGAAUGGACGAUGAAACAUCAGGCUAUGUCGCAGAAUCCGUAUUGACGAAUUUGGGAGUUACUUCAGCAGGCGAGCAGGCAGAACUUGUAAACGUACUGAAUGACAUCCUGGAUACUAAUGUGGGCGACGAUGACUUGGCUGCCGAACUGGCGAGCGAGGACAAGAAACCAGUAGGGAAGAGCACGACCUCGCACAGCUCUGCCGCAAAAACAGGGAAGACGCAGAGUGUGAAGAAAUUGAGCAGCAAGUCGGUGACAAAGCCCACAGCUGCUAAGACAAAAACUGCAAGUGUGGCACCUUCGGGCCAGAAAGCCGACGCGCACAAGGUUGCUAGUGCUAAGACUGCAACAAGCAAUAGUAAGAAAAAGCCGUCGUCUUCGCCCGUGCCGAAGAACAAAGCUGACGCGUCUAAGACGCACGUGAAAAAGGAAGUGUUGUCUGCUAAAGCGGAGGAGAAAACCAAGUCAGCGCAGCUAAAGGCUGUGGAUACAAAAGCUUCACUCAAGGUAACAGAGCAGAAGAAGUCAGGAGAUAAGACAAAGACUGAACAGCCAGCUGCCAAGCAAAAAGUAACGGAGAAAGCACCCGCUCCCCUUGCUAGCAAAGAGCUCGCCAAUAACUCAUCCAUGAAGGCUACAGUGGGGAAGGAGUCCGACGCAGGGAAAGGGAAAGAGAAACCAAAAACGGAGCAGCAGAAGGAAGCUGCAACCUCGAAGACAAAGGUCGCUGUCAAGCCAGCGACCCCGUCUAAAGACAAAAAGCCGACCAAACCUCAACCGAAGCCGUCACCACAACUGGAGAGGAAGCACCAGGAGACAAAGCCUAUGAAGAAAGCAGCAGCUAAGCCGAGCGCGCCGCAGCAGAAAGCCCCCGCAUCCGAGAAGCGGAAGGAAGCAAAGGCCACAAAGGAAGUCGUCUCGAAGAAAGAUCACAAGACAGGUAUCCAGGGCAACGAAUCGGAGAAGGUCGCCGCAAAACUGGCUGGCGGAGCUGGCACCACUGCCUCCGCCGAGAAGGUGCGCGUGAAGACGGAGAAGAUGGCGGAGGGCGCGUCGACGGGCAGCGCGGGAGAGGGCGCCGGUGGUCACAGCAACGAGUACGACACACGCAGCGAGGCGAGCACGUCUCUCGACAGCAGCGACGAUUCGUCGAGCAGUGACAGCGAUGUGGUGCCACCGUUCUCGUCGUCGCGCUCCGCGCAGAAGGCCUCCGGAUACAGACACGGCGACAGGAGAGAUCGUGAUGGAGAAGGGAUGGCGGGAACAAGGGAGUCCGGGCGACAUGACAGGAAGAGGAAGAAGCGGGACAUCAGCCCGAUCGUGUUCGACAGGAAGAGCAGCAGCGAUUCGGAGUCGGACGAAGUUGACAUCAGCGAGGAAGAGGAGAUUGAUCCGAGUAAGAACAAGCGAGCGCGACUAGAUCUGCUCAAGGAACAAGGCUCGAAGCUGAAGUACAUCUUCCGCGAUUCCGCGUACUUCCUCAUUAAGAGUAACAACCACGAGAACAUCUCCCUAGCAAAGGCAAAGGGUGUAUGGUCUACGCCACCACAGAAUGAAGCCAAGCUAAACAAGGCCUUUAAGGAAUGCAGAAACGUUAUUCUUGUCUACUCGGUAAAAGAGAGUGGGAAAUUCCAAGGCUACGCGCGACUCAGCAGCGAAUCUCGUCACGACAUCGCGCCGCCGCAGUGGGUCCUCCCGCCCGGCAUGACGUCACGCGCUCUGGGAGGCGUCUUCAAGAUCGACUGGGUGAACAGGAAGGAGCUAGCCUUUUCCAAGACUCUCCACCUGCACAACUCCUGGAACGAGAAUAAGCCUGUGAAGAUCGGCCGAGAUGGACAGGAGAUCGAACACAACUGCGGCGAGUCGCUGUGCCGGCUGUUUCCCUUCGACGAGAACAUAGAUUUGACGUCCGUCGCUCGCAAGGCGAAGCACAGCCGCAACCGUGUGCACGCCGCACCGCGAGACCGCCCGCGCGACCACCGGCGCCACAACCGGGAGCCACCUAGGCUGCAUCGAGGAGGAGGCAGGGAGUACGACCGCGGCCCACCGAGGAGGGGAGGCUACGGCGCGCAGCAGCGUGAAGGCCGACCACCGCCAGGCAUGUUCAAGGAUCCGCGCAGGGACAGAGGAGGCAUGCCAAGGUUUGGAGUGCGCCGGGAGACAAUGCUGAACGGGAUGGCGCCACCGAUGGCUCGAGGGCGAGGCUUCCCCCGAAAACCGGAGACGUACAAUGACUACAUGAAGGAGCUUUCCUACAGGGGGCCAUCCUCGAUCGAAUCCAGAUCGUACGGCCACAUGUUUGAGAGAUCGGUCGACGACUUCCUACGCAGAACUAAAGCAUCGCGGGGAAUGAGUCGUAGCAGCGACCGACGCUACCGCGACCGCAGGUGA